CAGGAACUUGAACACUGCCAGUUUUGGCCGAGGUUGAGUUCAGUUGCGAGUAACAAUAAUGCGCUUCCCAGUGUUUUGUCUAGUGAUGGGGUUUUGUGUGCAAUAUUCAACUGCAAGACGACUGGUCGAGAAUGGCGACUUUGCCAAAUCCGUCUCAGAAUACAUGUCAGAAAUGAGGAAUGAGCUCACUACGAAAUUGCAAAUUAUGUUGGAUCAUCAAGCCCAGAAACUGAACAAACUCAUAUCGGAGCAGGGCACUCGAUCUGGUGACAAUGCCAAUCAAACCUUAGAAGAGGGGGUCUGGAACUUUGAAUGUUCCAAGCCCCCUCACACCACAAAAAUGUGUGCACAUGUUGGGGGAAAGCACUAUUUCAUUGACUACCUCCGAAUUGCCACCUGGUCAGAGGCCGAACGUUUUUGUCGCCAAAUGGGAGGACACCUGGCCAGUUUGCAGAGCAAUCAGGAGUGGCAAGCACUUGAAGAGAUAGUCAACCAUGGCCAAUUCUUUUGGGUAGAUAUCAAUGACACAGUGACCAAGGGUAAAUACAUGUCCGAAACCACCGGCGAGGAUGCUAGCUUUUUAAAGUGGGAUUACAACGAACCGAAUAAUUGGAACGGAGAUGAACGCUGUGUUCAUCUUAAGGCUGUCACAUUUUUAAUGAAUGACGCCCCAUGCAGCUCGAGCUACAAUUUUAUCUGUGAACGGUAACAAAGUAAAGAGACUCAAUUCGGGUAUAAAGUAUAUAUGUUCAUUCCUUCUGAGUUUUUCAUAAUAAUUUCUUUAAUUAACUACCAAAAUUGGGGGAAAAGAUAACCUGUAAGUAAUUAUCAAAAUAAAAUCUUAUCUUAAAUCAAAAGAUGAGGAUAGAUCAUAUUAGUUCAUGAAUUCCUGAAAUAUUUGCAGUUGAAAAUUUCAGGUUGACAGUGUAAAUGAGCGAGGGCCGCCGUUUCAAUAGAAUUUUCUGAUUAUGGCCUUGUGAA